AUGGCAGGAGACGACGACAAGGAAGAGACGGCAGCUGCCAAAGGCGGUGAAGAUGAAGAGGAGGAUGAAGAAGACUUGGAGAAGCUGCAGGCAGAGAUUGCCCGUAUGGAGGCUGAAGCCGCGCGCAUCACCAAGGAGACGGAGCAGUUGCAAAAGAAAAAGGAUGGCCUCGAGUCAUCCACUGUCGGUGGACCUGCGGCGGCAGGCAAAGCUGCCGCUGGAGGAGAAGCGCCCAGUCGGGAUGGACUGUCCAUUUAUGUAGGACAAGUGGAAUACUCGACGACACCCGAAGAGCUCUUGGCCCAUUUUCAACCGUGUGGCACCGUGGAACGAGUCACCAUUGUUUGCGAUAAGAUCACUGGUAGACCCAAAGGAUUCGCUUAUCUCGAGUUUGGGGACGAAGCGGCUGUCGAAUUGGCAAUCAAAUUGGACGGAUCCGAGUUUAAAGGUCGAAGUUUGAAAGUGACGCACAAGCGUGUCAAUAUUGCCGGUUUCAGUCAAGGUCCUGGAGGACGUGGUCGUGGAAGAGUAAUGAAUGCGUGUGCACUACUCGUAACUGUACAACACAAACAAACAAUCAUCAAAGGGCUCGAUAGCUGGAAACAAAACAAAAAAAGGCCAAAAAAAGAAAAGAAAACAAUCAAAAAGAAAAGAAGAAACAUAGAAGAAAACAAUCAAAACAAAAGGAAAAAGACAAAAUAA